AUGGGACAGGAUUUUCGGCUUGUUGCUCCUCAUGCCAGGCUGACCAUGGAUUUUCGCGGCAGGCUUGGGGAGAUGCUUGACGACGGCACGGCCCAGACACUCGUCAGGCUACUCGCCAUUCCCACCCGGCCUAGGAUUGCCAUGAAUCCAGGCCGGAUUGCCCCCCAGACCGCUCCACCAAGAAGCCGGUCCCCUGCACAAAAUGAGUGUGGUGAGGUGUCGGUGACGGUAGGCGUCAAGCGCAAAGGGAACGUCAACUGCGAAAGGGCCAGCCCUCCACGACUUCAGAAGAAGACUAGGACGACUUCUGGGAGCUGCGUACCGAAUUCACACCCAACCACCUUCACCAGGCUCCCUACCGAAAUUCAUCAACUCAUCUUUUCUCAUACAGAAAAAGUGGAAGAUGUCCUCAGCCUCGGAUUGGUGAAUCGACACCUCUGCGAUAUCGCUCGAGAACAGCUGUUUGCUCGUUUUUUCUCGCGUUUGGCGCCCUGGGCUGGUCAAAAGAUUGUCUACGUGGGAGAAUACACCGAGCCAAAUGACUACCCCCCUGGACUAUUUUCGGACGCAGAACUAGAAACCCUCAGUACAGAGAAAAUUGAAGUCUAUAGCGAGUACGAGGACGAGUAUAUUACCAUGACACCAUCCAACCUGUAUGACUUCACGAUACCCGGUGUUUCCAAGAUACAAGAACGGCUCCACGAGUUCGAUUUCAAUUGGGCUGGGUUGUUGGGCUUGGUUCCCAACGAACCGUCUUACGAGAAGGCUGCGCUGAAAUAUUUGCGCCCGUAUCAGUUUCCUGAAUACAGCCAAUACUUCCCGCAAGACCAACCGUGGAUUCUGCGAAACCUCACCACGAAGCAGUUUGUACGUGCAGAAGCCAUUGCUCUCAAACAGGAAUUCGUUCAUGGCCCCGACAUCGAUGUUGUUGGCUUUGGCCACGUCAUCCUGUUGCGCAUCUGCUGGUCGUCUCAGCGUGCCCGUGACGUGGAUUCGGAGAAAAUCCUGAGAGGAAUAUGGGCAGGGCAUUGUUUCGACAUCACUAUGCUAGCUAAACACCAAGAAGAGACUGGCGCCGGAGAAGAUUGGACCGAUAUAAGCGACGAAAUUGCAAAUGAGAAUGCUACUAUCUUUGAAAUGAUUUUGGGCUCCGACUGGCGUUCGUUUCUCUGUCAACCAAAAAAAAGUUACUCAGAGUGGUUGUAA